AUGUGGGACUGGGCGCCGCCAUCACAAGCAGUGGUGGAGGUCAGGCUGGCCGAGUGCGACCACCCUAUCCGCGAUAAAGUGCCGGGCACAGUGUCGGACGGGCAUGUCGGUGCCGGCGUGCUUUCCGCGACGUCGUUCGGGUGGGCAGCAAAACGGAUCGACCAUCUGACAGGCGAGAAGGGUCGUAGUGGGGUGAGCAUCGAGAGCGUCGGGAUGAAGGGGCUCAAGGCUUUGCGUGACAACAUGGUUGAGUACGUCGGCAAGGUCAUUGCCGUAAAACGCACCGCGGCGCCGACUUCUCAAGCCGCCGGACCCGCCAACAGUGCCAUUGAUGACGACGGCGCGGAAGGACAGAAGGCGCCCCAAGGUGCAGUUGCCGCCCAGCAUCAGGGGAACGCGAGGGUGCAUGGGGAAGGUGGAAACGGUGGAGGAGGCGACGUAGAGGCAGGUGCAGGAAGGUUGGAAACGGAGAAGUCGUCGUCGUCGUCUGAGUCGGAGUCGGAGUCGGAGGAGGAAGACGAGGCGGUGAAGCGUAAGGUCGAGGACGAGGAGGAGGAGGAGGAGGAUGAGGAGGAGGAGGAGGAGGAGGAGGAGAAUAAGGACGAGAAUGGUGUAAAGUAG